UAAACUCGGUGAUGGAACAGUUCCUGCGUGAGAUGCAUCCUGACUACUACAACUUCACCGAGGAGGUGUCGAUGCUGGCUGAGAUCAUCACCGACUACGUCUCGCUUGUGCUUGUCUUCGAUAUGGAGGAGGACUCUGACCUGGACGGCUACAUGAUUUCCUCACUGUUGGCAAGCGCUGGAACAACGACUCCACCCGAUCAACUGAACCUCGAGCAGUUGGAGAUUACGCUGACAUUGAAUCGUGCGGAUAUCGCGAGAGAGAAAAUCUUCCUGGAGAAUAAACGCUGGAAGAAAGGCCACCUGAACGACUACAUGUAUCAGGCCUUGAUGAGCGACCGGCACGAUUUUGUAAAGAUUUUUCUAGAACAGGGUUUCAGUUUGGAGGAGUUUCUUACUGUGUACAUGCUUGAGAAGCUAUACACCGACCAAUUGAAAAGCAUGAGUUCAAAAGUCGCUAUCUUUAACAAGAUGUGGGAGUAUCACAGGUCUCAUAGGCAAGCCACAAAGGUCACCCUCCGAGAUGUGGGAAAGAUAAUCAAGUCCCUCGUAGGAGACUUCUACCAUCCGCUCUAUCUUAGCAAGGAGUUUCAGGCCAAGCUGGCCCCGGAGAAGAUUGAACUUACC